UAAAAUGGAUAGGCCUUCCUUCAGAGAACGCUACACAGGCAGUUUUGAUAAGUAUGAGGUAGAGAAUUACUGCCAGUACAGAAGUGUUAGAGCCCCUAAAAGAGCCUCUAACAGUGCCAUAAGACAGCCUUACUGUGAAUCGCUAAAUUUUGGGGAAAACCACCCUUCUCCCAUUCAAAUGAUGUAUAAGAAAAGAUUGUUCUACCCAACCAAUCAUGUCAGACCUAUACAUCCGGAGGGAAAUUCCUACUUAAGAUACAGAAGAAGUACAAGCAGAGGAAGAGACGAGCUGAGUAGGGAAAGAUAUAGCUCCAGAGAGACCCUCUCACCAGAAGAGCCGUUAAGACAUUAUGAAAACCCCAAAAUAGCCUGCCCUCCUCGUGAACUUGUGCCCAAUUUCAGAGCAAGCGAUGCAUUUAGAGAAGACGUGCUUAGAGUAGUGUCCCCACUUUUGAAACAGAUUAAGGAAAGCUUUGGACAAUUACCCACUGAGGAAUCAAAGGCCUCGCCAAGACACAUUUACAGUGACAAUCAAGUUCCAAAACAAGAUGAAAGAACUAAAAGUGAUAUAAAAAAGAUCGAAAAUAGAAUAGCUGGAUUUGAAAGAGAGCUUAAAGUGAUCCAUAGCGAUAUUUCUAACAUCCAACCGGAGGCCAUCCUUCAAAAAUUUAACAAGUCUCAAAAUAAAACUGAAGAUGUGAAGAAGAUCGUAAGGGAAAGUAUUGAAAAAUAUCACAGAGAUAAUCCAUCUCCUUGGGUUCAACUUGAUGUAGAAGGAAAGCUUAGAAAAAUGAACAACCAAAUUGAUGACAUGGACCUUAAGAUUUCCUCUGUUCAAAAUAAUCAAGGAAAUGAUGGAAAUAGUGAAGAAAUCGAAGAAGUCUACACCAUGAUGGAUGACUACAAAGCCCAAAUCCGUCAACUUCAGCAAGAAAAUAAUGAAUUCCAGUCAAAAUUUAAAUCUUUAUCAAGUUCAUUUGAAAAUUUGAAAGUAGAAUUUACUGAAAAUCAACAAUUAACAGAAAAUGAUAUAAGCAUUGCUCAGUCCUUAGAAUCCUCACAAGGCCAAGUUACCCUAUCUCAAGUCAACUCCAUGUUAGAAGAUCUAGAGAAAAAGAUUAGUAAGGCUUUAACUACUAGUCUCAAUGAAGUGCAAGACCAAAUGAAGCAUAUAAAUAAAGAAGAGCUUGAAAAACUAUUCACCGAAGUUAACAACCUGAGUGAAUUCGCAGAUGGUCUUCACAAAGAGCAGUCGAAAAUUUCUAAUGAGAAGAUCAAGGAGAUGAUUAAGAAAGAAAUUUCCUCUAUCCCAGCAGUCCCUCAAGAAGUUCAGGAUGAGAUUUAUGCCCUUCAACAGGAUAUUGAGCAGAUCCAGAGCAAUAUGGAGGGAUACUCAGAGACUUUGAGAAACCUUCCAACCAAAGAAGGAAUCCUUAGCAAGGUUGAUGAGAAGAUUGUGAAAGCAAAACAAGAACAAUCCAUGAUCGAUGCUGCUCAAGAUAUGAACUUCGACAAUUCAGUAUUAGAUGUUAUCUCCCAAAAAUGAACAAAGCUUCAGGAACAAGUUGAUGACCAAGAAAAAGAACUUCAUUCUGAACUGCAGAAUUUAGGCGAGGACUUCCAGGCAUUCAAGGACACUACAAAUAAAAACCAAGAAUCGAUAGCAGAGUCUAUCCAUACAGUUGAUGAAAAGGUGACUCAGGUCUCAACAAACCUCUCUUCUCAACUACAAAGCUUUGAAGAGGCUUUUAAUGAUAUUGAAACACAAGUAGGAGACCUUGUAGAGUUCAAAACUCAACAACUAAAACUCAAUAAGGAAGAUAAAGUAGCUCCUGUGCAACAGAAGAUAAGUACUAUAGAAGAAAUGCUCAAGAAAGAUUCUGAAUCUCAAAAACUACAAUCCCUUGAGAAAAGAUUUGAUGAAAUCGAGACCCAAAUACAGCAAGAUAAAGAGCAGAAUAGUGAAGAAAUCACAGUUUUUAAGAACAAAAUUGAUGAGAUCCAGGUCUCCGCUUCCGCACCACAAGCUGCUUCAAUUGACGAGGAUGCCAUGCAAGCUAUUCAGCAAGAUUUUGAUGAAAGGUUUAAUGAACUAUCAGCUACCAUCAAGAAGGAUUACGAUAAACUCUCUUCCAAAAUAAACGGGCUGAAUGAAGAUGUAGAAAGGGCAGAUGAGGUAAUCAAGACCAGCAUCCAAAGCUUAAAGGAUCAAAGCGGGGAGGAAAUAAGCAGCCUCUUCGAAAAAAUCCUUCAAAUCAAAAAUGAACUUAUUGAAGACUCGAGAAAACUCAAAGAGAGAUUUGAAAGAAUUGACAAAGAAGAAACUGACAAGCAAGAGUUUGUACUCAAAGAACUUAAAAGACUUGAUGCCAAGAUCGAGGAACAAGCUGAAGAGUUUGAUAAAGAUCUCCACAACGUGAGUAAAGGUGAAUCAACCAGUGUUGCCUCCACGGUAAAUAACUCCGAAGUAAACUCCAAAAUUUCAGAGCUAAAGGCAGAAAUGUUACAAGAGAUCUCUAAUUUUAAGGAAGAAGCCACUAAGGAUCGUGAUUUCGAGAGAGAUCGUAUUCUAAACUGCGUACAGGAUAUUAAUGACAGCAAGAAACUUAUGGAUACUAAAAUUGAUGAAUACGACAAGAAAAUUGUAGCAAAGUUCGCCGAAGUGAUCGACAGCAAUAACGAAGUAAGAGAGUUCGCAAUAGAGACUGAGAAUUCAGUAAAAGAAGCAGAAAACCUCAUCAAAACUAGCACAUCUAAAAUCAAAGAAAUCGAGGAUAAAGUCUUUGAGACCAUGCAGAAAUAUGGAAGGGUAGCUAAACAAGCAAAUGAUAUCGAGGUAAGAAUCGAAACCUUAGAAGAGAAGGUCAGCAAAGGAGGUGUAAUGAGUCCUUCUGAUUUUGAAGAGAAACCCCUCCAAAUUGAAGAAAGUAAGGGUGAAAAAGACAAGUUUGAGAUGACCGAUCUUUUCAAAAAUUUUAAUGAGGAAAAAGAUGCAAAAACUAGUAAGCCAGAAGAUAAAGCACAGAAAGAUCGGUACGGGGCUGAUGCUGAUGAGCAAUUUGAGCUAGAAUCUCUGGACGAUGAGGAUGAUGACGAUGAUCCUGAUCUUCAGAAAGCAAAAGAGACUGCAAUUAAAGGGAUCAAAGAUCUCGAGCAGUACCAAAAAUCACAUCCUGCAAUUGAACAGAGGACAUCUUCCGAGCUUGUCAAGAAAUGGAUUGGAAUCGCUGAGAAUGCGAAUGAUGAGAAAACUCUUCAUGAGCUCAAAGAUGAAAUCUUUGAUGAAGCAGGCUAUGAUAUCAUGGAAGAAGAAAUAGACGAAAGUUAUGAAGACCCAUUUGAAGGGAUAGCUGGAGGAGAUGAACCAAAAGAAUCCUCCCAACUUGAUGAUUUUUCAGGGAUUGAACUGGCUGGCACAGAGGAAAAAGAUAAAAAGCCUAAAAAUGAAGGCAGUGAUGAAUAUUCAGAGGAAUUUGGUGAUGAUUAUGAAGAUGACUUCGAUUUUUAA